AUGGCCAACGUCGAGCCACCAUCCAAGAGCAGUAUUCUCAUCUAUGCCGAGCUUCUCACAAACAUCCGGCAGAUUACCGUCAAAGUAUCUCUGCCUACGCCUGCCGACCAGACCACUGCGGCUGAAAUCUUAGACGACGGACGCAAAUUUCGCGUCAACCACAAUGGGGUCACUGUCGAGGCCAGCCUGCCCACCAGCGCACCCUUGAAAGGACCGUUGCCGGUCUCGCAUAAAGGCUCUCUUGAACUCACCUGGAGACUUCCACUGCAAGCUGCUCGCGUCCCCGAGAGGCAGUUUCUUCCCGAGAACCAACCGCUGCCGUGGUCAGCAGUGGAUAUCAAACCCCUGUCGCCAGUCUCUUGUCGAGCAUGUGGCGCGCAGUUUAUCAAAAAUGAAGCAGUCGAGACGUGGAAGGAUUUACCCAGUGAAAAUUGGGCUGAAAUGAUGGAAUUUUGGCAUUGCCAUAAACCUGUCGAACACCAUCAGCCCGAGGAUGGCCACCUGGAGCACCGUGGCUACGGCGCGGCCAGCGCCAUUACCGCCCAGCCCGGCGUGGGAUUCGUCGACAUAACCUCAUUUCUCUUUGCCGAGUCAGAUUGCAGCUCAAUCAAGUUCUAUUCGUCGAAAUCAGCCGCAAGGUUUCAUGACAGCGAUAGCGCUAUCAAAGCUACCUUGGAGGAAAAAUUCCUCAGCAUCAGUUGCAGCAAUUGCGCCGCCGACAUUGGCACAUAUAGCGUCCUUGCUUCCACGGUCGCCUUCUUCAAAUGGCAAAUCUCUUGCGAGGUAUUGUCUCCGCAAAAGGCUCCUUCAAGCUCCGACUGCCUGGUUGCCACGCUUCUCUCUACAAUUGCUCGGUCCGGUUCUUCAAAGUCUGUCGUCAUGCCACGAAACAUGACGUCCACAGAUAAAGUGUCACGCCACUUGCAGCUGUGGGUGCUUAAUAACAACGUCAUUUUUACGAGUAACAAUGACACGGCUGCGAAAGCUGCGGUAAAAGUGCUGUUUAAAGAGAUUGAAGAAAAGGAGGCCCUCGACCUGGUGGAAUCGCUGUCCAAUGAUGUUCAGGAUAUCAACUUCCCCGCGCCAGCGAUACAGGUGGCGCGUCAGACCUUGACAUCCAGCAAAUACAUGCUACCUCCCUCUGAGCGAUCAUUUCAGGAAUGGCAGGUUGGUCUGCUCGAAAGAUGGGUACCUCAACCGCCGGCUUGA